AUGGAUCCUCGUACAGUCGACUUGUCUGCAGCAGCGCAAGAUAGUUUCGCAACCUUUGUCAAGGACGAAGCCUUCUUCGCCCUCAGCUUUUACCUAGCAUGCAACAGCAACAUCGAAGCUUGUGCGCCCAUCCGCCAGAACCAUGCAUCUUUCCAACUCGAGCUGAACCAGCUUGAAAGCAGUCUUGAUACGUCGAAGCCAGCGUACAUCGUUCUCCGCCGCGGUGGCUCGCUCACGUUCAUCACAUACGUGCCAUAUCGCGCAAAGGACACCGUGCGAGACUUCCUCCUCCAUCACAGACACGAUGUUGUACGACAACUUGGCUCAUCGCACAUCUCAAGCUCGAUAAUAUGCAAAGAGAUCGCAGAGAUUACAGACGCUCGAUCGUGGGCAGAGCGAGAUGCAGCUGCUACCCUGAUAGACGACAUAAGCAUUCAAGGCAACAAUCUAGAAUCUCGUACGAGCGCCGCGCAUGCUGAAGGCGCUCGAAAAGACCUAGGAUACAGGAGGAACAAAUGCCGCCUUUGCGAUCGCCGCAUGAAGAACAGAAUAUCGCCCGAAGCUCUUGCAGCGCUGAAGGUGCUUCAAGGCCCCGGAGCAGCUGUGCAGAUCUCCGUUGACAGCACUACCGAGACCCUCCAGCUGAACUACAUCAAGAACGAACUAUACCCGAAAGAUGUCGCAGCAACCCUACCAACCGACAAGCCUAGUUUCACCUUCUACCGUCACCCCGCCACCCAUCUACUCUACUUCAUCUUCCACUCGCCCGACCAUGCCACAGUGCAGCAACGUAUGAAGCACACAAUGGCCAUACCAGGGCUGAUCAAUGUCCACGCUCAAGACCAGGACGUGCAUGUAGACCAGAAGAUUGAGAUUCAUGAACCGGACGACUUGGUCUUUGUAGCCAAAGACGAGCGCAUCGGCAGGUUCAGAAGCGUGUAUCUGAGGAACGGGUUUGACGGGACGGAGAGCACGUAUGAUGGUUUAGAAGGCGACAAAGCUUUUUACGACGGGAUCAAGUAG